UCAACGAGUAGGCCGCACGCGCUGCUGGUAUUGGUGCUCGCGCUCGUCUGUAAAUUGUUUAAAUAAAAACCUAAAUACACCAAGCAGCGAGUCAUCUGCGCUCAGUGGUACGCCGGCUGCUCAAAGAGAGAGUUCCCUAUUAGCGGACAAAUUCAAAAAAAAGUGUAGCGCGUGCGUUAAAAGGCUGGCCAGCGCAUAAAUACAAACAGCAACAACAACAACAACAACAGCAAAAAAAACUCACCACACACAAGCACACGCACACACACACACGCGCGCCACUACACCCAUACAACAGCCAGCACAAUGAUCAACAUGGACAUUAGCGUAACGCCCAACUAUUCCUAUAUCUUCGAUUUCGAGAACGAUUUCAUACACCAGCGCACACGCAAAUGGAUGCUGGAGAACUGGACCUGGGUGUUCUACUAUUGCGGCAUUUACAUGCUGGUCAUAUUCGGUGGACAGCACUUUAUGCAAAAUCGGCCGAGAUUUCAGUUACGUGGACCGCUGAUCAUAUGGAACACGCUGCUGGCGAUGUUCAGCAUAAUGGGCGCCGCUCGCACCGCGCCGGAACUGUUGCACGUGCUGCGUCAUUACGGGCUAUUCCAUUCGGUCUGUGUGCCCAGCUACAUUGAACAAGAUCGCGUGUGCGGCUUCUGGACCUGGCUCUUUGUGCUGAGCAAACUGCCCGAACUGGGCGAUACGAUAUUCAUAGUGUUGCGCAAACAGCCGCUAAUCUUCCUGCACUGGUAUCAUCACAUUACGGUGCUAAUCUACUCGUGGUUCAGCUAUACGGAAUACACUAGUUCCGCACGCUGGUUCAUUGUGAUGAACUACUGUGUGCAUUCGGUGAUGUACAGCUAUUAUGCACUGAAGGCGGCCCGAUUCAAUCCGCCGCGAUUCAUCUCGAUGAUCAUCACGUCGCUGCAGCUGACACAAAUGAUAAUUGGCUGUGCAAUUAAUGUGUGGGCAAACGGAUUCCUGAAGACGCACGGCACCCAAUCGUGCAAUAUAUCGCAGCGCAACAUCAAUCUAUCGAUCGCCAUGUACUUCAGCUAUUUUGUGCUGUUCGCGCGCUUCUUCUACAAGGCGUACCUGUCGCCCGGCGGACACAAGAGCCGUCGCAUGGCCGCCUCCCUGGUUGCCCAGAAUACCGCCAAGCUGGCCGAUGGCCCGACGGCAUCCGUUGCCGAUUCCAGUCUGUCCGGCAAAUAUGUUGGCGAGGAUGCACAGGCUGCCUAUAUGCGCAAGGCUAAGGCGCAGUAGAGCCACACUAUAAGCGCCCCCCCCAAACCUAACCCCCCCUUCACACUCCCCCGUCACCAACCAACUAAAGGCUAAGGACAUUUAUUUAUGCAGUACCGAGGUGUAAAAGUUGUUUUUUAAUUUUAAAAAGGGCCGACACAAACAGUUAGAGCGAGACAGCAGGCGCACACGAGGGGCGUUCGAUAAAUUUAAUAUUAAGCGUAGAGUUUUACCAGGCGGCUGGCUUACUAAAACAAACACAUAAAUAUAUAUAUAUAUAUAUAUAUAUAUAAAUUUCCAGAAAUAUAUGUUUAUAUAACGUCAUGUACAUAAUGAAAUCGAAAUUCGAAGCGCAGCCCAAUUCCGAUGAAUGUUUUUGUAAAAAGUUAGCUAUGGAAUGUAAAAACCUUUUCCUCUGCCUAUAUAUGCUAUAUAUAGCGUUUAUUUUUUUUUUCUUUUGAUAUUGCAGUUUAAGCCAAAAGUUCUCUAGUUUUCAUUUGUUUUUUAACUGUAAAAGGAAAUUACGAAAAAUAUAAUAUACAUAUAUAUAUAGAAACAUUCUCAAAUUGAGUUCAGACCGCCGCUCAGUUAUCCCUACGAAUACUUACCCACAUAUAUAUAUUUAUAUAUAUAUAUAUAUAUAUACCUAUACACAAUAUAUAUACACAUAUAUAUAACCUGUGUUGGCAAAUGCGCAUUUUUUUGGUAUUUUCUUUGGUAUUUUUUUUAUGUAGCUGAAACUGAUUUCUACUCGAAAUAUGAAUGAAGCGAAAAAGAAAAAUGGGGAAAAUAGAUUAGUUGCCCAACUUGUUCAAUUUAAAGCGCAAAUUGUUAUUGUAAAGUAAAAACCAAAACAAAACAAAGCAAAACAAACAAAAAACUGUAUUCAAUAACUAAUUUUGAUAAAACGUGCAGGGGCGUGCAAUUAGUUUGGAUUUUUUAUUUUUUGAAAUUUUUAUGAUCCAGAACAAAGUUUCUAACAGCGAGCAGAAAACGUGAGAAAGUAAAACAAGAAACAAAAAUUAGAGAGAAAGCGAAGAAGAAAAAGCAGCAGCAAACAGUCCUCGAUAAACGUAAACAAAGAAAACAAAGCAAAUGUUUAAAUUAUAUAUUUAUAUUUGUAAGCAGAAGCGUUUAACAGCAAACAAAAAGUCCUACUUGAAAAGUUAAUUUAGUCUAAACGAUGCAUGAUCAUGAUAAAUCGAUAAAGAGACACACACACACACACAACAAAAGAGAGAGAGAGAGGGAGAGAGAGAGAGAAUGAGAGUAAUGAGAAAGCUGCAGCGUAGCGGAUUGCGCAUGCGUAAUUCUGCGAGCCAGUCAAAAUGUGAACGAAAUUCAACAAGAUAACAACAAAAGAAAAUUAAGCGAACAAAUUGAAUUUUUUGUCGGGUAAUAUAGUAAAGAAAGUAAAGAGAAUUGAUGAAAAGCUAAGAAAAACAACGGAUAAAUAAAA